AUGGUUGCCUUGAAAACACUAUUAAUUGGAGGAGCUGCUUUCGCCGGCAUCUCCACAAUAACAAUAGUAUUAGGACUCAUUCCCGUCUACACAAGAGGCAAGACUCCCGAUGUCACCACCGCCGCCACAACACCAACAACAGCUGGUGGAACUACUAUAACCACGAAUGCAGCUGGUGGCACAACAACUACUACUGUUGGUGGAACUAGUACAACAACGACUACCACUGCUGGAAGUACUGCAACAACGACUGGAGCUAGUGGAACUACUACAACCACGAAUGCAGCUGGUGGCACAACAACUACUACUGUUGGUGGAACUAGUACAACAACGACUACCACUGCUGGAAGUACUUCAACAACGACUAGAGCUAGUGGAACUACUACAACCACGAAUGCAGCUGGUGGCACAACAACUACUACUGUUGGUGGAACUAGUACAACAACGACUACCACUGCUGGAAGUACUUCAACAACGACUAGAGCUAGUGGAACUACUACAACCACGAAUGCAGCUGGUGGCACAACAACUACUACUGUUGGUGGAACUAGUACAACAACGACUACCACUGCUGGAAGUACUUCAACAACGGCUGGAGCUAGUGGAACGACUGCAACUGGUGGAACUUCCACAACAAAUACUGGAGCUGUUGGAACUACUAUAACAACGAGUGCAGUUGGUGGUACGACAAUUAGUGGUACAGCAAGCACUACGACUGUGUCUACGGAAAGGAUGACUAGCACUACUUCAUUGAUCAGUACAGCUACAACAAGCCCUACAACAACUGAAACAAGUUCAGCCACAAUCUCAACCACGAUGAUUGCGACAAACACAACCGUCACAACAACAACGGCUCCAACCACGACCACCACAGUCACUCCAACCACGACGACCACAAUGAUUGCUACAACAACCACUAUGACUCCAAGCACCGCAACCACAAUGAUUCCUACAACCGCAACUAUGGCACCUGCAACCACAACCAUGGUUCCAACGACGACAACCACAAUGAUUCCGACAACUACAACUAUGCCUCCUACAACCACAACCACGGUUACAAAGACGAC